AUGACUACCUUCGAGCCCACCGAGUUCCUGGAGUGGUUCCAGAAAGCUGGAGGAUGGUAUAAUGAUAAGUACCUGGGACUGAAACCAUUCAAAGGCAUGGGUUAUGGUGCAGUAGCAUUGGAUCGUAUACCCGAAGAUGCACCUCUAUUCCAUAUACCCGACUCUCUAAUACUCUCCCCAUUCACCUCUGAGCUAUCCACGAAACUGUCCGAGGAAGAAUGGCCAAGGUUGGACCACGGUUGGUGCAAGUUGAUAUUGGUGAUGAUGUGGGAGAGUGAGAGGGGUAAGGAAAGCCCGUGGUCUGGCUAUCUGUCAAAUAUGCCCCGGGAAUUUGAUACCCCGAUGUUAUGGGAUGAUGAAGAGAGGAAAGAAUUGGUAGGGACCGAUAUAGAAGAUCGUAUAGGGAAAGAAGAAGCUGAGAAGGAAUAUACAGAGCAUCUCUUACCAGUGAUCAAAGCCCACCCAGAGCUCUUCCCACCAUCCUCAACCCAUCAUACCCUCGACUCAUUCCACUUACAAGGAUCUCGUAUACUCUCACGGUCAUUUACAGUCCGUUCUUCCCGAUUCAAUCCCAAAGACAAAGAAAGUGACGGACAGAGCGAUUUCAGUGACGACGAUGAUGAUGAAGAUCAGAUAGCAGUGAUGAUUCCCUUUGCGGAUAUGUUGAAUGCUGCUUUUGAGAGGGAUAACGCUCAUUUAUUUGCCGAUGAGGAAAUAAAUGACGAAGAUGAGGAUGAGCAUGAGAGAGGGAAAGAGAAGGGGAAAGGGUUUACGAUGAAAUCUACCAAAGUCAUUGAGAAGGAUGAACAGAUAUACAAUACCUACGCCUCCCCACCCAACUCAGAGCUCUUAAGGAAAUAUGGUCAUGUCGAUAUCCUCCCUUUACCCUCUGACUUACUAGCACUUCUCACAGAAGAGGAGAUAGGUGGUUGGGGAUAUGGUAAUCCUGCAGACGAAGUUCUGAUAGAUGGUGAAAUGGUUUUGAAAUGCGUUGAAAAGGUUACAAAUAAACAACAAGGAGAGGAUUUAGAUAAAUGGAAGGGGAAGAUGACUAAGAGGAUAGAUUGGUGGUUGGAAGAAGGUCAAGAAGACAUGUUUCCCCUUUCACUCUCUCCUGAGAUCGACGAAUCUUUGAUCGCAUUCAUACGUUUAUUGAUACAUGAUCAAGAAUGGUUAAGAGCCAAGAAGAAAGGUAAAUUACCUACAACAACGAUCGAUAAUGAUGUAGCGGUCAUAAUCCGAGAAGCUAUACAAAGUAGAUUAUCAAGAUAUAUCGGUGAUAUCAGAUCCGAUUUGAGUAUCAUACAUUCAUUGGAUAUAGAUCAUAUUCCCCGUCCAAAUGCUUCUACCACUCAAGCUGAUGGGAUCAAGGCUGAGGCUAAAGGAGAACAAGUAAACGCUAAGAAUCUACGAAAAUGCUACGCUGCGAUAGUUCGUCUAGGUGAAAAGAGGAUAUUGAAAGUCGCUUUGAGGAUAGUCGAGGCUCAGCUGAAUAAGAAACGUAAAGCUGAGGAUCAGUAG